CAUACUACAUUUAUAUAUAUGAAAUAGUAGUCAUUUUGAGCUUUAAUACCAACCUAGGUUCUGCCCACUUCUUCCAGUGUCGGUUCCAGACUGUUGCCCGUGUGCCCCAUGCCUCCAGCGCUUAUUCAUCAACAAAAUGCUACAUUACAGCCACCAGUGCAUCUGGGGCGGCGAGCGCCCUAUCCGCGUGCGAGUAUUCGGCGUGGACCGCUGCGCAUUGCCGCUGUGUCACAAACCCCGCGCGGAUCGUCCACGGAGAAUGCGGUUGCAAGUGCAAAAACUGGAGUUGUUGACUCUGGGGCCGAACCUGUGUCCAUGAAAGGCACAGUGUUCUUCACUUCCAGCUUGGAUAGCGCAUCUCUGGAUGAGGAAUGCAGCGCCUUUAUUGAUCGUGACGGCAACUUUGUGGAGGUGAUGUGCUGCGAUUACGGUUUCAGGACGGGUGCCUCCCGCAUGUACGACAAAGAUGCUGACGGUCGCAUCCCCGUCAGCGCGUUCAAACUGGCCUGGUCCAACUUCCAAUCAGAGCUCCGCGCGCUGCGACAGUCCUUUCGCUUCGACGACUUUGCCACGGUUUCGGAGGCCAACCCGCCUCGAGGGGCUCUGGGGCGGGCGGCCUACGGUCUGGGUCAGGCCGUGGUGGACGGAUUGGGGGCUCUAGACCGAGCGCUUGAGAAGGGGCAGGUUCUGGAGCCGUUGCGACCUCGGCCCAUGACGGUGGACAUGAGCGGGGAGGAGGGCGGCGAGGGCAGCAAGCUCAUCAAUGAGUGCCGCCUGAUCCGUUCCAAGCUGAAGCAGCUCAAGCUGAGCAACCGAGCGGUGACAGAGCGGGAGCAUGCGCGCGAGCGGGCCGGCAAGGGCGUCAAGACCCCCUGGUUCAUCCUGGCCGUCUACAAGUCGCUGUGUGUGCUGCUGGACGUGCUCUUCAACAACCGCCCCAUCCAGCGCUUCUGGUUCCUGGAAACCGUGGCGCGCAUGCCGUACUUUUCGUACAUCUCCAUGCUGCACCUGUACGAGUCCUUUGGCUGGUGGCGUGCGGGUGCCGAGCUCCGCAAGAUCCACUUUGCGGAGGAGUGGAACGAGCUACACCACCUGCAGAUCAUGGAGUCCCUGGGCGGCGACCAGCUGUGGUUCGACCGCUUCGCCGCGCUGCACGCCGCGGUGGUGUACUACUGGAUCCUGCUGGUGCUGUACGUCUUCUCGCCCGAGCUGGCGUACAACUUCUCGGAGCUGAUCGAGUACCAUGCGGUGGAUACGUACGGCGAGUUCGUGGACGCCAACGAGCAGCUGCUCAAGUCGCUGCCGCCGCCGCUGGUGGCUGCCAUGUACUACCGCUCGCAGGACCUGUACAUGUUUGACAGCUUCCAGACCUCCCAGUCGGCUCAGGCGCCCCGGCGGCCGCCCUGCAGCAACCUGUACGACGUUUUCCGCAACAUCUGCGACGACGAGAUGGAGCACGUCAAGACCAUGCGAGCCUGCCAGGAUGCCACGGUGCAGCAGGAUAUUGUGAGCCGCCGAGACGAGGGGCCGCGGGUGGGGCUGUAAGAGAGCGGCGAGCAUGCAGGGGCGCAGCGCCGGUCUCACCCUGUGUGACUGAGGGGCAGAUGGGAUUUGGGACACGGCAGGUUGUUUUGGUGGGGUUGGUUUGGGAAGAGCAAGAACGCAUGGAGGAUGUUCUAGGGCUCGCAUGGAAUAAGGCCGGAAGGCAUUAGGAGGGGCAAAUGGAGAUUGGGGUGGAAGGAGAGGUAUAUGAGGUUUGGAGGAGUUUGAGAGAGUGUGCAGUCAAGGGAAGGUUACUUGAGUUGGUGCUGCGUUAUUAAUGAGUAAGCCUGAGUAAGCUGGCAAUUUUGCACAUGGUGAGAGACUGAGAGAAGACUAUUCAUCAACGUAGGAUGCAUGGGCGCUGUGGGUCGUGGGCGGUCCAGGAAUGGUUAGCCAGGCAAAGCCCCAUUUUUGUGCAUUCGGGGAGCUGUGCUGCAUUCUUUUGUACCCCGAUGCAGGGGUGAGCAUUGUGGCACCGAAUUAGGGUUCGUUUUCCGUAGCAUAAUACAGUUCGCGGCAUCAAAGCAGGUGCGAGCAGCACAUACAUAUUUUGAGGGACCUACCGAGCAUGCAUUUGCUUGACUAGUUGUGUUCUACUACUUCCUAUUUGCGCAGUUUUGCGGCACAAAGGCUCAAUACCGUGUCUUAUGUUACUGCCUGUUGCGUCCGUGCCGUACUACAAAGGUCCUAGCUUGUCCUUGACUUGGACCCAGCAGUGGACGUGCUGUACAGUGAGAGGCGAUAACUGCGAUAACGGGCAGUUCUCCUUUGUUUGUUUAACCUCUUGUCCGUGCAUGGGUUGCCCUCCGCCCCGACGGGGACCCUUCAUGUGGUUGGGCGUGACAGCUGCACCCAGUUGUGAGGCGUUACGUGGUGGUAUGAGUUGAGAACUCCGUACAUGGUGAGGUGAGAAAGAUCCAGUGUUCAGGGAUCUGGUCCUAAUUGGCGGGAUGCUGCUAUAGAUGUAAGGGCACCCGUGUUGACACACGAACUAGGGAC